CGUUACCUCGCGAAAUACGUGUUUCCUAAAGGAAUCUUGUUUCUUUUCAGAUUCGUUGACAGAAAGAUGACGAUCGUCUUGCUGUGUCUCCUGUUACUCUAUCAACUAGAUCCGCUCACAGCAGAUCGAUCAGUGCAUAUCUUAUCAGAAAAUCUCAACCAAGUAGUCACAUCUACGAACUUGCAGUGGAUACCUACCAGCAGAAGUGACAAGAAUCUUAAGGAACUGUUGCAGAAUGCUGUCGCAGCUGCUAAUCAAACCAUUGAAGCAUACAAUAGAGACGAUACAGAACUGACUGGAAACGAAAAUGAACCAGUAUCCGGAUUCUUCAAUAAACCGGUCUACAUAUGCAGAGCAAGAGACAGCAUAUGGAUUGCUGGACAAUUAAGGCCAAAUAAGCACGUUUGUGUCGUAUCCUUAUACAAAAAGGUGCGGGAACACGAGCAAUUUGACAUUCUCGUCAAUACCGAGGGCAGUGCCAGGUUGUUUUGGAAACCAAAGAGCAAAUAUGAUCUCAUACCGCAAGGAGCAGUAGCUAGCGGUGUUGAAGCCAAAAACUUCAUUGCUAGGAAGGAUAGCAAUACUCACAACAAAGAAGGGUCUCUAACGCACAAUACCGGUAUCUAUGUGAAAAACGAAAAUCUUGAACAUCUUGGAACCUUCUAUGUGGUGGACCAAAAUAACAUUGAAAUCCAUGGCGAAGAUGGAGAAAUCCUGGUCGAGAUGGAACCCAUAAGCUACGAACUGAAAGGGGUCAGAUUCAGCAGAGUGAAACGCGGCAAGCAUCACCGUACACCAUUGGAACUGGGCCACGUGAUCCUCAAGAACGAGGAAGAGGGUCUUCAACGAGUGGACACCGUGAUCAGCUACAGCUACCAGUACAGAGCAGAGUGGGUGAAAGGCCAUGGGCUCAUCACCGGGCUGCCGAUCACUGUCCACGCACCUGAUGGCACAAAGUUCGAGGGGCUCGCCAACAUCCCUAAGGAGGAAAAUAGGACUGAGGUGGCGCCUAUUGAAAGGUAUCUGGAAGCAGGCACAGCGGUGAACGUAACUCUGGUGGCCAACUACACCGACUCCGAGAUCCCUUAUAAGGGCACCCUAGUAUCGUUGUACAAAGAUGGAGAGACCCGAGAGAAGGUCCUGGACGAGGUUUUAAGAGAAAAGAAGGUCAUGGACGUAGUAGCAGUUUUCAGUCCAGCUUACUAUCUUCAUAACGGCAGCCAUGUACCUACCACUACCACAACCACUACUACGACUACAACAACUACUACUACCACCACAACCACAGCUAGAACGACAACGCAAGAAGCGACACCGAUAGCGACCCCUCCCAACGCUCACGACACUCACACCCAUAAAACUGUCAAGGACGACUCGCUGUCACCUGUCAAAAGUCACGAGAACGACGCGUCCCUCAUGUCUGAUGAACGAGCAGGCGCAAUGACCAAGAAAGAUCAAGGGACAAGCGGCACUUGCAGAGCGGUGCCGAUGUUCAGCAUCGCGGUACUCGCGUCUUCUGCUUUAGUUUUAAUACGACAGGUGACAUAAGAUGGGAGUUGAGUAGAAAAGUGAUGGUAGAGUUAUGCUUGCUAAUGUUAGGAUCGAUGUUUCUAAGCAAAUAGUUCCUGUUGAAGUGAUAUUUUAAAGACAUUAGUAUGGAUGCAUAGCUAUGUGGGGCCCCUGGAAAAAUUCAGGGCCUCAGUUUGCUGAUGAGAAAAAUUGAAGAACUCAAACAUUUUUUGGAAAUUUCGUUUGAUGUCGGACCGCGUGGACCCACAGGGUAAAGACGGAAUAGUCUAUGUUGAAGUCAUCGUCGUGAAAUAUGAAGGAAUUGGGUAAAACAAAUUGUGACAUGUCAAACAAAUGUGAUAUACAGGAGGCAACUAUAUUCAAUAUUUUACGUCUCAACAAAUUGAAUCACAAACAUAAUUCCUCUGUAUUUCUAUCUUUAGCAAUUUAAGUAUGAAGUAUUCACAGAUCAUAAGCUACUGGUAACGGUUUUUGCAUUAGGAUUAUGAACAAUGGUUUACAGAUUUCUUAAGUUUGAUGAUGACAUUCCUUAAUCACUUACCUCGAUUUCCAGAAGUUGUUCGACUUGUAUCAAAAUAUGAAUAUGCAAAAAAUAAUUGAUUGUAAAAUGUUGCUCUAGAUACGUAACUGAAUAAAAAAAACUAAAAAGAGGGUUAUAUGCUUUGAAACUGAUCCAAGCUUCUACCGCAAAUAGUGUGAUGUCAACAGAAAAAAAUGAUAAAAAAAUAUCAAAUGAAUCACAAGAGUGCUAAUAAUUUCUGAUGUUUCCAACAGUCACUGAGAUAAAAACCAUGAAUUUUAAUAUUCUACUAGUUUUACAAAAAAAAAAAAAAUAAUAUAGGAUAGCCUCUUGUGUCUCAACUACAGUAUAACGUAUAUAUAAACAGUGUAUGUUACGAUUUCUCCCGAUUUUACCGCUAUCAUUGUGUAUUAUUAUAAUUACUUUUGUUAAUAAGAAUCAACUGUGUAUAUAGAUUGUAUAUAAAAUAAAGAAUGGUGAGGUGUAGUAACUAAAAAAUAAAUGGUGAUAAUUAUUAUUGUGACAACGUCCAUAUUUUGUUAAUUCGUCUUUUUUUUUAGUGGGAUAUUUAAUUUGGUGAGGUUUUAGUUUUGAUCAAAGACAGAGCAAAACAUUUUUAGUACGUAAAUCAAAAACUAGAAAUACUUUUUCGGAAGCGAAACCUCACCAAUAACAUUUUGCUAAAGAUGAAAUGGUUCUCUCUUUUAUCUUAGGCCUAUUUCUUUAUCUUGAAUGUUGAAUAUAGCCAUCAGUUCACUUGGCGUGUUUUUUAAACACUGUGUACAAAUGAAAUACGAUUUGGUAGCUGAAGUAACAAUAUCUGGUCCUGGUACCAGGUUGAAAAAAAUGAAAGACUUCAGUUACCAAAACGUAAUCUGUGCGAGAAAGAAUUCCGACAACGUACAGGGUGUUGAAAAUGAGUUUAAUACAGGGUGUUACGUACUUAAAUGGACAUGUUGAAAUGGUUAGAUAGUGUUUUCAUCUGAACGCGUCAAAUCUUUAAUACCACGAUAACAAAUUUACUUAGGAGUAACGUAAAACUAGCUGGAUGGUUGAAAAAUCCAGACCCGUAUUCACUUUUUUGUGUUUUUCAUUAAAAUCAACACGUUUUAAGCUGAAUAUUGAAAUGUUUAACUAUGUACGAAAGAUCCUAAUUAAUUAGCCAAAUAGAUUGAUUACGCCUUAUUGAAGUAUCUUAUUUUUAGCAGUUUAUGAGACACAUAAACCCGAAAUUACAAGUCUGGACGUUUUUCUAUUUUCCUUGUGAUGAAUUUAUCAUUUCGCAAGAAACAGUGCAAUACAUGAUAUACAUAAAAGGGCAACUUAAUGCUAUGCGCCCUAUUAACUUUUUUCCGCCAUGCUGUUGUAUAACAUCAGUUACUAGUACUAAAUAAUAAAAAAAAAUACUGAAAAAAACUAAAUUUGAUUGAAUCAAAGCAUAAGCGGGUAAACCAAAUUCGACCCUGAAAUUUUGAGCUCCCAAAACAUCUUUAAUUCAAUUUUGAGCAUUAUUUUGUAAAAUGUUGAUGACAAAAAACAAGCAAGUGAAAAAACUUUAGUCCGGCCCUGGAUUUUUCAACCGUCUUUAUAGUUUUACGUUACUUCUAGACAUCUUUGCUAUCGUGCGAAAUUUCAACAAAAUCGUGCCUGAGAUAUGUGAUAUUAAACAUUUGGCGUGUUUAGAUAUUCAUUUCAUUUUUUUUUUAUUUCAGAUAUAAAAAGGUCUCGAUCCAAUCUACCUACCAUUUCACUUGUCCAUUUAAGUACAAAACUCAUAGUUGUAGCCCAUAAGCGAGCAUUCCUUCCUGCCGUUAUUUCCUCUAACGAAAGCUCGUUAUUUCGUCACGAUGGGAAUGACCGACAAUAUUCCCGUGAGGAAUGUUGAUAUGUCAACCCGAUACGCACAAAUUCAUGCCACAUUUCCUCACCAACCGCCAAAUCUUCUCGAAUGGACUACUGUCCUGCCACAAGAGUGAACGGAAAAUAAAUUCGCCAAUAUUUUCUCUCGAACUUGCUAUGGAAGGAAACUAGCCCCUUCAGUCCCUCUUCCAUUUGGAAAUCAAAAGGAAAUUUUGUCACAUCAAUUUGUGCGUGUCAAAUUGAUAUAUCAACAAUCCUCACGGAAAGAUCGCCGUUCACGUUCAUUCCUCUCGUGAGAGAAAACAAUCGUAUAACUGACAAUAUUGAUGAAAAAUCUUGAAUUCAGAACGAAAAUAUCGAAUCCUCGAUUUCUGGUUGCCUUCAAUCAAAACUUUACAAUCAUCACUUUUUUUAUUCUGGUGAAUUGUAUCUGCCGUCAUAUGAUCAACGCUCUGUAUGUGCAAAACGUAGAGAAAAAGUAGGAAUAUAUUUUGCUGAUGAUAGGGAGUGUAAUCGUACUAUAUUUUUGCUAAGAAUGUGUAGUAGACACAAAUUCCGUUGUGUGUUAUUAUGUAUAUGUUUAAACUCGGUUUUAAUACAGUAUUUAGAUGGUACAAAAUAGUUGCUGGAGAGUUUUGAGUAAAAUUAGGAACUUUGGAUUUAUUUUUUAAGCACAUAUAUUUUUGUACGGUUUCUUAUCGAAACACAGCUAGGGACAGGAAUUGAGAGAUACUCAUUAUUUUACGAAAAUGUGUAAAGCUUGUAUUUUACGCUGAGCAGCGUUGGAAUAAGGAAAAAAAUUAGGAACACUUGUCUUUUCAAAUUCCUUUAAACCCUCAAUGUUAAAAAAUAUUCUGUUUUCCUAAUGUCAGGUUAAGCACAAAAUAAAUUUCAAAUUAGCAAAACCAACGUUCAAAAUCGCUUUCUUCAUGUACAAAAAUUCCUAUCGAUUCUGUUAUAAAAAAUUUAACGUCUUUUUCAAAGUUCCGCACGUUUACAUCGUAUAAAAUUAUUUGAAAUAAUUUACGAUGCAAAUCGUAUGAAUAUCUUAAAAUUACUAUUAUAUGUAAAAAUUUAGGUAUUAAAACUAUAGACCAGGUGUAUCUAUGUAAUAUAUUUCGAAUAUUACUCUUACUCCAAAAUAAACAUCUAAACACGUUGAAAAAUAUCUCCCUUUCUUCUAAUAAUUUAUUAAAUAAGGCAGUUUCUCUAUUUACAAUAUGGACAGAUUUCAAGUACAUUUGCAAAACUGUCUAAUAUUAAGCUUACUGCAUUUAUGGUACUUUUAGCUUUUUUUAUUUACCAGUUGUAACCAAAGCCUACUUUAUAAUAUGUAUAUCCAACUCAGAAACUCGUUAUAUAUGUAUAAUUAAUGGUGAUAAUCGCAUUUCCAGAAAACUGCCUUAUAUAUUACAAAAAAAAACAACUGAACUAAGAAGUCCUGAAAUACGUUAUUUAUUCAAACCUCAUUUACUCAGCACCAAAACAAACAUGAUCACUCGCUUGCCGCUUCUAUUCGCUUGUCGCUGCCCUUCCAAGGCAUUUAUCGUCCUCUGGCCAAUCGGACCGCGCGAAUGGGAACGUCACGUACAGAUAUGUUUGUUUAGACGGAGAGUAAAUUGCAAAUGGGAUAAAAUUUGGACUUCAUACUGUUAACUGUUAACACAAGUAGUUUCAUAGCGUGUUUCUAGAAAAAAAAAACAAUGAAAGAUUCUUUUAUAGAGAGCAUUCCACGGAAAUAUUCAACAGCUAUAUAGGCUCUGUAUACGUUAAUAAAAAAAACUCACUAGCAAUAUGUGAUUCUUAUUUGACUGAGAAACCAUACAUUGUUAAAAUAUUUUAUUUUGCCUUUUUAGUAUAUAUAUUAACUGUACAUUCCUGUAAAGGUCCCCAUUACCGUUCAGAAUGCCGAUCACCAUUCACCAAUUCGUCGACGACAAACAUUCGCAUCCAGUCGAGGUUGCCAAAUCUAUCAGCACGUAACGUUGCUGCUACUUCCGAAAUACUCUUAUAUCCAAAAUAGACUUAAUUUUAAAAUAUCUCCUACAUUGAAAGAUGGUAGACUGAACAUAAAUGAGACCGCAAAUAAUUGUAGAUAUGUUUAUUUAAUAUAUCUAUAUGAUGUGAU